CCCUCAAGUCUUGUCCGCAUUUUUACUGUAUCAUUUUAUUUACAUACUGGCAAUUAAACCAUCACUUUGAUAGCGGGUUAUGUGAAGAAGGGACCUAUGUAAUAAGCAAGGUGUAUUUGGGAAUAAAGGACACGAAUUAAGGAGAGGACAAAAUCCGGAGGACGAAAUCGUCGAAGAAAUGGGUGAAGAAGAAGAUUUAGAAGAAAUGCAGAAACUAGACGAGAAGUUGAAACAGUUUGAGGAAGAUGAGUUAACCACUUACGGUUCUUCAGAAAAUACACCAAUUGACGACGAUAUCCCAAAGGCAACCCGAAAACGAAACAUAGUUUUUGAUGAAGAAAGAUUUGAAGAAACUUUCUUAAAAUGCAUGAUUUGUCGUGAAGUAUACGAUGAAGAUGAAAAGGCACCGAAAAUGUUGCCUUGUCAUCAUACAUUUUGCCUCGAUUGUUUGAAUCAGAUGUUCCGAGUCGAAGGCGAGUAUCGACAGUCUUUAACAUCUGCCUUUCGAAGUAUGCCGAUGGCAGUCAAAAUUUGUUGCCCAACUUGCCGUGAUGGAUUAAUAUGUUCUGAUCAAGACAUUAAACGCCUUCCAAAUGACACAACAAUACUCGAGCUUCUAAAUUACAUAAAACUAACCGGGAAAUCUGAUGUCCAAUAUUGUUCAAAACACAAGAUGCAACCUCUGAAUUUUUUCUGCGAGCCUUGUAUAACACCUGUUUGUUGUGAUUGCACGGUGCUUGAUCACAAAGAAAAGAAUGGUCACAUCGUAAUGAACGUAGAAGAAGCUUUGAAAAAAUACACACCAGUUUUGGAUGAAACUAUAACUGAAAUGGACAAAUCGAUCAAAACCGUUGAAGAAAAGAAACAAGCACUUGAAAAGGCGGCAGAAAAUAUUGAACAAAUUCAAAAAGAGCUUGCAGUCCAGGUCAGACAAACGUUUGAUCGAAUCAGAGAUGCCAUUGAUGAACGUGAACGUGAACUUUUUAAUAUGUCAGAGCAUGAAAUAGAUAAGAAACGAAACGAAAUUGGCGAUCAAUUGGCUAUUGUUCAUGAUCGAGAAGCUCUAUUAGCAAAGGACAGGAACAAUCUUAAAAGUGCAAAAGACACUAAAGAUAUAAGUGCCAUGUUUACCCAUCAUCAGUCAGCCAGAGAGGCAUUAGGGAGGAAGGUAGAAAUCCCGGGACCUUCUCGUGCUACUAAAGACUUUGCUGUCAGUUUUCAGUUCAAUAGUAGAGCAGAAAACAAUAUACGGUCAACUAUAAGUGUAUUCGGAGAUGUCAGUUUCAAAUAAUCUUUGACAAUAUAAAUUUUCAAUGUAUUAUCAUCGCAAAAUGCUUUAAAUUUGCCUAUAGUCAAUUAGUUUUUGAAUAUGUUUGAUUCAGUGUUACAAAACGACACACAUAUUCUUUUUAGUUGCUAUUAAUGGCGUUUUUUUUUUUUGCUUAAAAAAUACAAAAACGAACAAACUGUGGAUUGGAGAGGUUUGGAGCAACGUAAUGACAUUUAAUAGAACGGCUUUAAUAAUAGCAUGUUAACUUCAACAAUACUGUCUUCAAUUUAUUAAGGAAUAGUAAUACUACAAAAACAAGCGUGAACAAUUUCUUUAAUAUGUGUAGUUGUAUCCGAAGAAUUUUAUGAAUCAAUUUGAAAUUUGUUUACUCUCUAGGAGUGUUGUAACAAAGUUUAACGGCCCACGUAAAAAUUUAAAUCUGCAUGAUAUAAGAUUAUUAUUCUUACUUAUUACAUGUAUGUCAAGGGAAACUAUUAGAUACGCUUUAUACCUUUAACUUAUUAUUUAUUCAUUCAUAUUUACGCAUGGUCUCUUGCCGAUAUUUAUUUAUAUAUUAAAAAAUCCAUGAAUUUUUCUUUAUAUAUGGUGCGGAUAUGAAAACUUCUGUGAAGUAAAAUGUUCAUUCAAAU